GCCUGUAUGUAUUGCGCGUAAAUGUGUCGAGGAGGAGCAAGACUCGAGAGUAGUAUUCGUACGCGGAGGAAAUAAGGUAAAAAACAUUGCGGGGGUCUAGGCGUCGAACACUAGUCGGCGCCGCGUUCGUUACUCGUACUUUGUUUCCAUGUCCGCGUAGCAUAAGCCGGGACCAGCAGUCACAUCAGUAUUCCCCAGGUGCGCGAACUGAACGGAUCUUGACUCUUACGUGCUUGUGUUCCGAAAAUUCACGGAUUUAUAACAUUUAAAGACAUCGCAGACGUCUGUGUGGUUGCACAGCAUCGUAAAUACAAGAAUCCUUGGUCAGCUGGCAAGCUUCACGCAAUUCGUGUCCUAUUUAGUCGAAGUUCAAAGUCAAAUAAAACAUGUCGGCCAAGGCUAUACGCGAGGCUACGGGCAAAGACCUGAUCAAUCGCAAAUUGAGUUCCGGCACGGCCGCAGCCAAGUGCCGAUUCGUCAGCAUCGACGAGUCGACUAAUUGGUCCCACCUGGUCUCGGAGCAUCCAUGGCUCGCCACCGAGCGUCUGGUCGUCAAGCCCGAUCAACUGAUCAAGCGUCGAGGCAAGCUCGGCCUGAUCAAGGUCAACGCCGAUUUCGAGCAGUGCCAGCAGUGGGUGGCCGAGCGCAUGAACAAAGACCAAAAGAUUGGCAAAACCUCGGGAAAGCUCAAGAACUUCAUAAUCGAGCCCUUCCUGCCGCACAAAGCCGAGGAGGAAGCCUAUGUUUGCAUUUACUCGCACAGAAAUGCCGACACUAUUCUCUUCCAUCACGAAGGAGGUGUUGAUAUCGGAGAUGUCGAUGCCAAAGCUCUCAAACUCGAAGUUCCCGUUAACGGUGGAAUCCCAGAAGAAGAUGUCAUCACCAAACAAUUGCUUCAACAUGUUGCUGAUGUCAAAAAGCCUGUUGUUUCUAAAUUCAUCCAGACUCUGUACAAACUGUACGUUGAUCUGUACUUUACAUAUUUGGAAAUCAACCCAUUGGUAGUAACCGACGACGGCAUCUACAUCCUCGAUUUGGCUGCCAAGCUCGACACAACCGCCGACUUCAUUUGCCGGCCAGAAUGGGGAGAAAUUGACUAUCCUCCACCUUUCGGCAGAGACGCCUACCCCGAAGAAGCUUAUAUCGCUGAUCUGGAUGCCAAAUCUGGAGCCAGUCUCAAGCUUACCAUUCUCAAUCCAACCGGUAGAAUCUGGACCAUGGUUGCCGGUGGUGGUGCUUCCGUCAUCUACUCCGACACUAUCUGUGACCUCGGCGGUGCAAGCGAAUUGGCCAAUUAUGGAGAAUAUUCCGGCGCCCCAAGCGAACAACAAACCUACGAAUAUGCCAAAACUAUUCUGGGUUUGAUGACGAAAGAAAAGCACGCAGAUGGAAAAGUUCUCAUCAUUGGUGGUGGUAUCGCUAAUUUCACCAAUGUAGCAGCUACCUUCAAGGGUAUUGUCAAAGCUUUGCAACAGUUCCAGCCAAAAUUAGUUGAACACAACAUCAAAAUCUUCGUCAGAAGAGCUGGACCAAAUUAUCAAGAAGGCUUGAGAAUUAUCCGCGAAGUUGGUAAAAGACUGCAAGUCCCAGUACAUGUGUUUGGUCCAGAAACUCACAUGACUGCCAUUUGUGCAAUGGCUCUUGGCAAGAAACCCAUCCCAGACCCAGAAGCUCAGGAAUUCUCCACAGCAAACUUUUUGUUGCCUUCUGGUCAAGAUGUAGGACCUUCUGCACCAUCAUCUCAAGCUGCCACUCCUACUUCUCCAACGAAGCCAAUGAAAGCUCAGAGAACUGACUCGGUCGAUGGAUCGCACAAGCCACUCUUCACUGGCAAAACUAAAUCAAUCAUUUGGGGAAUGCAAACUCGCGCGGUUCAGAGCAUGCUCGAUUUUGAUUUCGUCUGUCGCAGAGCUGAACCAUCCGUUGCCGCUUGCGUUUAUCCUUUCACCGGUGAUCACAAGCAAAAGUUCUACUGGGGACACAAGGAAGUGCUCAUUCCUUCGUACAAAAACAUGAAAGAUGCCAUGGCUAAACAUCCCGAUGCCGAUGUCAUGAUCACCUUUGCUUCGUUGCGCUCGGCCUACGACAGCGCCGUUGAAUCUUUACAGUUUCCACAAAUCAAGACGAUCGCUAUCAUAGCCGAGGGCAUUCCCGAAAAUAUGACCCGUAAACUCAUUCUCAAAGCACACGAAAAGAAUGUUACCAUCAUUGGCCCAGCUACUGUAGGAGGUGUCAAACCAGGUUGCUUCAAAAUCGGUAACACUGGUGGUAUGAUGGACAACAUCAUACACAGCAAAUUAUACAGACCAGGAAGCGUAGCCUACGUGUCACGGUCUGGUGGCAUGUCCAACGAGCUCAACAAUAUUAUAUCCAAAGCAUCCAACGGCGUGUUUGAAGGCGUUGCCAUUGGUGGAGACAGAUACCCAGGAACUACAUUCAUGGAUCAUAUUAUGCGCUACCAAAAUGAUCCCGAUGCCAAGAUGAUCGUUCUUUUGGGCGAAGUUGGUGGUGUGGAGGAAUAUGAAGUGUGCGAAGCUUUGAAAACAGGCCGCAUAACCAAGCCUUUGAUCGCUUGGUGCAUCGGUACCUGCGCUAGCAUGUUCAAUUCCGAAGUGCAAUUCGGUCAUGCCGGCUCCAUUGCCCACUCGAAUCUUGAAACAGCUGUCUCGAAGAAUUCUGCUCUCAAAGCCGCUGGAGCCUACGUUCCUGACAGUUUCGAUACCUUGGGUGAUCUUAUUCACUCAGUGUACGAUCAAUUAGUCAAAGACGGUACAGUUGUACCAGAACCAGAAGUACCACCACCCACGGUACCAAUGGAUUAUAGCUGGGCUAGGGAACUUGGCUUGAUUCGCAAACCAGCAUCAUUUAUGACAUCGAUUUGUGACGAACGUGGUCAAGAACUUCUGUACGCCGGUAUGCCGGUUACCGAAGUGCUAAAACAAAACGUUGGAAUAGGUGGUGUUGUCUCACUUUUGUGGUUCCAAAGAUGUUUGCCACCACUCUACUGCAAAUUCCUCGAAAUGUCUCUCAUGCUUACAGCUGAUCAUGGACCUGCCGUUUCCGGCGCACAUAACACGAUCGUUUGUGCUCGAGCUGGCAAAGACCUUGUUAGCUCUCUCGUAUCUGGUCUUUUAACCAUCGGUGACAGAUUCGGAGGAGCUCUUGACGGAGCUGCCCGUAUGUUCUCCGAGGCUUAUGAUGCCGGAUUACAUCCACAAGAGUUUGUCAACAAUACUCGUAAAAAGGGCCAGCUGAUUAUGGGUAUUGGUCACCGUGUCAAGUCAAUCAACAACCCAGACAUGAGAGUCAAGCUCAUCAAAGAAUACGUAUUGGAAAAUUUCCCAACGAAACCUCUAGUCGAAUAUGCCCUUGAGGUUGAAAAAAUUACUACAACAAAGAAACCCAAUCUAAUCCUCAAUGUUGACGGUAUCAUUGCCUGUGCAUUCGUUGAUAUGCUGAGAAAUUCCGGCAGCUUCACCAGAGAAGAAGCUCAAGAAUAUAUCGAGAUUGGUGCCAUUAACAGUCUCUUCGUCCUGGGCAGAAGCAUAGGUUUCAUCGGUCACUACAUGGAUCAAAGAAGGUUGAAACAAGGACUUUACCGUCAUCCUUGGGAUGAUAUCUCUUAUGUUUUACCAGAACAGUACAACUGAAUAACUUAAUCUUUAUUGCUAUUGUCGAUCAUCAUGAUAAAUCGUAAAAUAUGAUGUGAAUCUCACUUUAUUGUAAUAACGUUAAAUGGCAACAUGAGAUAGAUCUAAUGAACUCUUGCAUAGACAGUUAAUGCAAGUUAUAAAAAAGUAUAUUGAAAAAUUAUGGUUACCACACAAUUGAAGAAACUAUUUUAAUAGAACGAGGAUUUCAAUCCCGAUGCACUGGCUAACUGCGUUCUUGCAUUGCAACUUUUUGCACCGACGAAAGUCCAUUAAUUGCCUUAUUGUGAAGAACAGAGAAUUUAUGUUUUGAGACUUUUAAGUCGCUGUGCGACAUUUUCUUAUAUUAUCAAUCAAUACAGGUAAAAAGCGACGACAGAGAACAUGAAAGUGAAAAAAAAGUGCUUAACACUUUUUCAAAUUGUAGAUCGACAUUCCAUUUAAUGUAUUUCUUUGACGAAUGAUCAACAAGAGAAUGUGCGAUGCAUUGUAUUAUUUGAUUUCUUGUACAUAUAUAGAUGUUGAAACUCACAUAAGACAGAACAGCACAAAUGCGAAUUUUUGUUUCGUAUUUUAUAAUAAAAACAUUUAUUGAUAAUGUACCCUAUGGGAGACUAUACUUUUUUAAAUGCUACAAUUAGAUCUAUGUUUUAAAUGAGAUAAGUAGACGAAUAUUAUUUUGCACAAAAAAUAUGAGUCUUGCUGAGAUAAAAUGUAGUAUAAGUAAUCAAUAUACAUGUAUAAUAUUUAUGUAUGUAUGUACUAUUUAAGAAUUUCAUUUAGUGUUACGAUUAUUUUCACUCUAAAAAAAGUUUCUAAUUUUAAGAGAAUUAAAAAUAAAUAUUGGUUUGUGAUUAUAAUCAUAUUAAAUAUGUAAAUUAAAAAGUGGCAAUUGUAUAAAUUAUAUGAAAUAUUAAAAAAAUGAAAUAAACACAUUCGCCAACAUGAA